AUGGCCUCGGAAAUCAAAAGCCAGGGUGUUGAAGUGCCAGCGGAAAUUCCAGCGUGGCAGAAGACAGUCCCAACUAUACACCAUCUGGAGCACUCACAAUCACUGCGUGUGGUAUGGGCCCUCCAGGAGCUACACAACGCCAAAGGGCUGAAGUUUCACAUCAAGAACUAUCCGCGUGUGCAGCCCAAGAACUUAGAUCUAGCAAAGGUCUCACCGAUGGGGAAGGCGCCCAUUCUCACCGUCGAGACUUUGGACGGAAAGCCUCUACCUGACCUGCAAAUACGUGACGGUGUGAUCAUGGAGUCCAAGCUCAUCCUCAACUGGAUUUCACAGAGCUAUGGGGGCGAGCUCUGGGAACAGGAGGACGAUACGGACAAGCGGCGCAAUAUGUACUUCCAAGAGUUCGCCAGUGCAUCCUUGAGUGAACGUGUCCUCUUCGCCAUGAUCUUUGAGAUUAUUGCGCAAGUGAUGCCAUUUCCGCUACGACAGAUUCUGGGCUUGCUCCUCAACCCUUUGGCCAAGGUUUUAAAAGGUCAUCUCCCAGACUACUUCGACUUCAUGGAAGGGGAGCUUAGCGACGAACGACCUUGGUUUGCAGGCACUAAAAUGGGAGUAGCGGACUUCUGUAUGGAAUAUAUCAUGACCAUUGCGAUUGAUCGAAGAUAUCUCGAUGAGGAGACGUACCCUAAGAUCAAGAAAUGGCACGAUGCCAUCAGAGCGAGACCCGCGUACCAAGAAGCCAUCAAGAAGGGUGGCGGGCCCAAGCAUUAUGAUAUGAUCAAGUUUGGCAAAUAG